GAGGAAAGUGCGCUAUGCUGAUGUGUGACACUCAAAGACAAAAAUGUUGACACGCCAUCGUCAAGCACGCGAAUGUUCAUGAAAUAUUUUCGGUCUCUGCUUGCAUCGUGAAAACCGGCAGCUUGUGAACGACGCGUAGUGAUGGGGCGACAGCGAGUCCUUCUUCGUGCGGGCGCGCCGCACCGCAAUGCCGCAUUAUGUCCUGGCGGCUUUCCUGGAUGGACGCAAGCAAAAGGGUCUUCAGACUGCUCGCAGAUAGGCCUUUUAUCCGGAGGUCUGCUUUUUAGUGGCAGGUCAACAUCAAGGUCUAUGUCCACCUCUGCCUCAGCUGCAUCAUCUGACGCCACCGCCGCUUCUUCAUCCGCUUCAUCUAGCAAGCCUAGACCCACCCCGUCAACCGAUCCACGACUAGCCAAGGUAGCGAUGAUGCGCAAUUUCGGUAUCUCAGCGCACAUCGACAGCGGCAAAACGACCCUGACAGAACGAAUCUUGUUCUACACUGGUCGAAUAAAGGAGAUUCAUGAUGUCAGAGGUUUACGGAGAGUUGUAGUUGUUCUUCGACCACGUGGUCGUACUAGCACUUCUGUGCAGCGCAGCGAGCUGUAGUCCUUAUUUUGCUCAGGUAUUAAAGAGUACAGCUCGUGCACUUUUAUAUACUUAGAUUUAAGUUAAGUUAUUUUUUAUCCACCACUGACACUGACUCCAUAUUAAGUAGAUGAUAUAUUAUAACAGAGUAGUUUAUAGCACGCAUGGCGCAUGGAGUGCAUGGAGUAGCAUGGAGUGCAUGGAGCGCAGAGCUUUAAGGGGCGCAAGAAGCUCCCCCUUUAGCUCCAUGCUACUCCAUGUGAUCCAUGCACUCCAUGCCAUGCGAGCCGUGAAACCUUAUAAACUGCUCUGUUAUAAGUUGUUUUUUAUCCACCACUGACGGAGACUCUAAGGGAAAAAUCCGGCGUAGGCGCGAAGAUGGACAGCAUGGUGCUCGAACGAGAGCGGGGGAUUACAAUCCAGAGUGCAGCUACCUUCUGCAACUGGGGAGACAACGAAUUCAACAUUAUUGAUACUCCUGGCCACGUCGACUUCCAAAUUGAAGUGGAGAGAGCACUAAGGGUAUUGGAUGGUGCGGUGAUGAUAUGUUAUGGUCAACAUUUAGUGUCCAUCAUAUGGCCUUACCAUGAGUUUACCUCUGUGUAAGUUUUCUUUCCAUCAUUCUCGGCAACAUUUAGUGUACCCUUGUCCCUUGUAUUCUCGUGAAUGAGUUUACCUCUGUGUAAGUUUUGCUUCAAAAAUGGCGGCCAGUAAGGGUCGAACCUGAAGUACAUGACCAUGACCAUUCUCUCCAUCAUUCUCGGCAACAUUUAGUGUCCCCUUUUCCCUUGAUGUAUUCUCGUGUUGAAAUACAAGGUAUUAAAAGGGGUCAAGAUGAGGGGGCCAAGAUGCAUUCUGGCAGGCUCUAAAUAUGUUGUGCGGUUGGAGGCGUACAAGCGCAAACGCUGACCGUGCACAGACAGAUGACGAGAUACGAGGUACUAUUUAUAAUGCUCAUAAUUUUUCUAGAAGACCUCCUGAUUAUAAUUCAAUUUAUCGUCCAGAACAAGAAUUAAUUCGAGGACCACUCACAACGCCAUUGAUUCGACUUCCAUAGCCCCCUACAGCCUUGCCACUCUACCAGGUCCCACGCGUUGUCUUCGUCAAUAAAAUGGAUCGAAACGGCGCUGAUCCCUUCUACGUGGCCAAGCAGAUACGGCAAAAGUUAGGUUUAACUGUCGCUCUGGUCCAAGUCCCGAUCGGUGCAGAGGACAAGUUUGAGGGUGUAAUCGAUGUCAUCCACCGCCGCGCUGUCACUUUUUCUGUUAUGUUGAAAGAAUCUUUUAUUGUUCAUGUUCUCCUGCUGUUGUGCUAUACAAACAAUCGACAGUAGAUUGACAACUCUAGUUGUCUCGUCCUGUUAUAGCUUUGAAACUCCUUGAAUCCUUAGUAGUUCCUUGUCCUUCAUCCUUCAUUACCAGCGACCAGGGCCAGCACCGUGAGUAUUCGGACGAUAUCCCCACUGCUCUCCGCGAAAAAAUGGAGGAAGUGCGGACGGAACUGAUAGAAACGCUAGCAGACUUAGACGACGACUUCGCAGCCAAGUAUCUAGAGGAAGGCGAGAAUGCUUUCUCACCAUCUGAAAUCCAAUCUGCCGUUCGAAAAUUGACUCUAGAACGCAAAUUUAGUCCAGUCUUUUGCGGCUCUGCCUAUAAGAAUAAGGGUGUCCAGGAGCUUCUAGAUGGUGUGGGGAUGUACCUGCCAAGUCCGUUGGAUCGAGUGAAUAAGGGUCUGGACAUGGGUGGAGGAUCGAAAGGAGAAGAAAACAACGCAGAGAUCGAACAAGCAGGUGGACCUCGUUCUGUAGUUCUCCAGCCAGAUUUUGAUGCACCGUUGAUUGGGUACGGGUUCAAAAUCCAAGACAGUCCCCAAUUGGGUGUGUUAACCUACGUGCGUAUUUACCAAGGACGCUUGAAGAAGGGCAUGAGCAUCCAAGACUUGCGCACAGGGAAAAAGACGACUUUGAUUAAGGCUUGCGCUAAUUAUUAUCUUCGGAAGCAUCUACAACAUACUCCAGGCUGUCCCGUAAGGGAAAAACAGCUCCGAGAUGAGUCUGAAGAUGGAUAUUAAGGGUCCUCCGCUCUAAUUUGAAGAAAUUGGUGAAGAUGCACUCGAAUGAGUCUCGGGAAGUCCCAGAAGCUGGACCCGGAGAUAUAGUAGCUGUUCCAGGUCUAGAGUGUCCGAGUGGAACCACACUCACUGACGGCCGAUCCAAAAUUGCUUGUACCAGUAUGCAUGUGUAUGAAGCGAAAAAGUGUACUCACGACUCUCGAAAAAGUAGGCUCUUGCUAAAUAUAUAAUGCUAACUUCAUUUACCAAAUAAAGGCCUCUUUAUUUCUUGAGACUUUAUUUCUUGAGAGGUAUCUAUAUUAAGUACACUUUUUCCUGUCAUAAUGUGCCGGCGCCAGUGAUGUCGCUGGGGGUGAAAAGCAUGAACCACGACGAAAGUGUGCGCUUUAACAAGGCAGCUGCAAGAUUUAAGCGGGAAGAUCCCACUUUUCACCUGGACACUGACCCGGAGACCAAGGAGCAGGUCUUGCGAGGCAUGGGAGAACUUCACCUCGAAAUCUACCUCGAACGCAUGCUCCGCGAAUUCAACUGCACAAACGUCCAAGUGGGUGAACCGCGGGUCAGCUACAAAGAGUGCAUCAGUCAGAAAACGCCGUUCGACUACACAUACAAGCGGCAAAGUGGUGGCAAAGGGCAAUACGGGAAGGUUAUGGGGUAUUUUGAACCUAUUCCGGAGGAAGACCUGAUCGCAAAAGCAGCAGAACUAGCAAAAUCAGGAGAGUUAGGUGCUGGCGGUUGCGCUGGUGGACUCUUAGCUGGAGGUGGAGACAGCUCGAUCAGUAGUCUGGGAGACUACGUGGAGUUCGUAAACAACUUGUCUGGGAAUGACGUGCCGAAAAAUUACCAUGGGUCUAUCGAAAAAGGGUUUUUGGAAGCGUGUAAGAUUAUGGCAUGAUCGAUUGUAUUUGAAAUAGCAGAGACUCGUCCAUUGCGAGUACUUAGACUUAAGACAUAAAAUAAAGAAAAAUGGCGAAUGCGAAUCAUUUGGAUUUUUAAGUUUUUCAAGAGCACGAUGAUGAUGAUCAUGAACCAGGAUCGAAUAAAAGAAUAGUCACUCUUCGCCAACAUCUUCUAAUCCCCAAGGUUUCCUAAGCGGCCACCCCUUGAUUCACUUGCGAUGCGUCGUCACUGAUGGCAAGGCGCAUGAGUGUGACAGCAGUGACAUCGCGUUUCAGAUGGCAAUGAGAGGGGCUGUAAGACACUGCCUGGACAAGGGAGGCCCUCACAUCCUAGAACCGCAGAUGAAUGUGGAAGUCACUGUUCCUAGAGAAGCGCAGCCAGCGGUUUUGCAGGGACUCAGCGAACGCGAAGGGACGGUGCAGAAUACGACGCCAGUGGGGAGUGAUAAUGUUUAUGACAGUGCUGUUGAUACUGAUUUCCGCAGUCAAGAAGCAAAGUAAGUAAGUCAAGAAACAUUAACAUUAUUAUGAACGACGUGUUAUUUCCAAAUAUCAUAAUCACAUCUACAACCUAUGAAUCUAAACUACCUAAAACUACCUUCUAGUCUCCAAAAUUUCAUCUUCCAACUUCCUCUAACCCCCGAUGCUAGAGGUGAUCGUUCCCCUACGGCAAAUGUUCGGAUAUGCCAAGACCUUGCGGAGUUUGACGAUGGGUCUUGGAGAGUUCUCUAUGGAUUUUAGGGAAUACGUCGAAAUGCCUAGCCAUGAACAGGAUCGCCUCAUAAGCCACUACGACGAAACAGUGAGACAACACGAGGUGGAAUGUUUCUAACCUCUGCAUGCCUCAAUUGACUAGUACUUAUAAAUAUAUAGUAUACAUGCUCCGACACGGUAGACGGCGCAGGAGGUCAUAUAACACACCCACAGGAGAAAUAUUGCAAUGCACAGACAUGUUGUUGAAUGCAUUCAACGACCAAGAUGACCUCCAGAAUAACUCAUUGAAUGACACUCAACAGGCACCGGGAUAGCCAUGCUUUGUUGUAUUUUCUCC